CAAUCGUGGUGUAACACGCGCUUAAGAUUUUGGAUUUGUGUGAGGCACGAAAGUCAUGUCGCUGAUUUCUAAAACUCUCUCUCUCUAUGAAACUGCAUCUCGCUUGACAUGUUUUCCUGCAUUGACAUUUGUCAGAUGGCGGAAACCAAGACACCUUCCCAAAGCCCGUAGUAAGAUAUACAUUGUAAGGCAGCCGACACCAAAAGAUCCUGAAGAAAUGAAGCUGAUGAGAAUGCGUACGAACCAAUACAACACAGAAAUGAGAUCGAUCAGAUCCCACUUGGUCCAGGUGAUAGAAGAAGUGAAUAAAGAGAAGAAAAAGAAAAUGCUUACUUUUGGAAAACUGGAGAGAGAGCAGGAGUGGACGAGGAUGAUAACACAGAAUGAACAAUGGAAUAUUAAUGUAGCAAAGAAUAGGGAACUAAGACAAAGUAAAGAUGCUGCUGCAAGACUGGAUGAGAUCAACAGGAUUAAGUCUGUACGAGAGCGAAGAGCUGCAAGACGACACCAAGAAGCCACUGAAAGAGUUGCAUAUGAACUGGACCAGGUUGAUAACUUUAUUACGGAGAGUAACGCAGAUGAGGUGAUUGAUCGUUUGCUGGACUCCACCGAGAACUACCUAUUUGCUGUUGACCUUAAGGGCAAUGUUAUAGGAGCUGAAUCAAAAGAGCGGGUCACAGAUUCCGAGCCAACAGUAUCAGAAGUACCACCAACGUGAUUUAAUAGCUUUGUGAUUAAACUUUUUUUUUAAAUGUA